GACUUGAAACUCUUUAUUAUGUCCACUGCUCACUGUGCUAAAAAUAACUUGCACGUCGUGUCGAUAAUGUUACACUUUUGAUUAAUCUGAAUCGCGCUUGUCUGUAUAUAUGUUUAAGCAAUGUUUGUUGAAGCCUUGCAGCAGGGUAGUGUUCAGCUGUGCUAGCUGCCGGAGUGAGAGCUAGCUGGGCAUCAGCCGACUCCGAAGAACGGAGCCAAAUAUCUUGCAGACAAAUGGAAGAUCAACAAGGGCAAGCUGACGAUUCCCAUGUCGUGAACAUCCCUCCCCUGGUACAAGAGUUGAGGGAGCAACUGGCCAACGACCACUCCUCGGAGGUGCAAGUGCAAUUCGGCGGUGGCUCGCCGCCGUGCCCCAUAGUCAUCGCCGAGGUGGGACACCUGACCCGAAACGUCGACGAGGCGAUGUAUGACCCUCACCGCAUCUCCAUCGGCCCCUACCACAAGAACCCGGACCUCGCGAUGGAAGCCGAGAAAAUACGAAGCCUCCGAGCAGUCCUGUCGGCGGCGAGCAGCAGCGCGGCGUUGGAGGUGUACGUCGACGAGCUGGAGCGCCUCGAGGACCACGCGAGGAGAUGCUACGCUCACUCGUUCGGAAAUAUUUCGAGCAGGGAGUUCGUGCGCAUGCUGCUACUCGACGGCUGCUACGUGCUGGCCCAGUUCGGCGGUGUCGGCGGCGUACGACGCUGGAACCAUGCGGGUGCUGGCAUGUCCAGUGGCCAUGUUGAGGGCGGCGCUCCGCCGGCGGCGGCACCCAGCGGCGACAGGCUCGAGACCGUUGCCGUAGUGCGCGACGUGUUCUACCUUGUCGAAAACCAGAUACCAUUCUUCAUCCUCGACAAGAUCCUCCAGAUAACUGUUUCUGACCCCAGCGCCCACGCCGCGGGCAGGAUCAUGUUGUACGUCCACGAACUCCUGAAGAGGCUGCAAUACUGCUCGGUGGCGCCGGCGCCGGCGCUGAGGCCAGGCAAUCUGCUGCACCUUGUGCACAUGCACUUCGAGCCCACUAAUCCCCCGUCACAAACUGCCGGUGAAGCCCCGGGCGGCAAGAAGCUGGGCCGAUGGCGCACGGCGACGGAGUACUACUUCGUCGGCGUGACCUUUAAGCCGCGGCCGCUCGACAGUGGCAAAGUCCGAAGCAUCCUCGACGUGAACCUGGACAGCGGCGGCGGCACGCUGGAGAUCCCGCCGCUGAACAUCGACGCCGAGACAUGGCGGCUCCUGCACAACCUGAUGGCCCUGGAGCAGCGCAACCCGGGGGCGGCGGGGAGCCACGUCACGGCGUACUGCGUCUUCAUGUCGCAGCUGGCGUGCACGGCGGCGGACGUGGACCUCCUCUCGCGCAAGGGGAUCAUCGCGCACGGCCUCGGCAACAACAGCGAGGUUGCCGGUCGUUUCGCCAACCUCUGCAAAGGGAUCCUGUUCAGCCUGGACGACCCAAGCGGCAACUACCUGCGGGCGACGUGCCGGGCGCUGGAGGAGCGGUUCCAGAGCCGUGCGCGCCGGUGGAUGGCGUGGCUAGGGCGCAAGUACUUCGACAACCCGUGGCUCUUCAUCGGCCUCGUGGCGGCUGCCGUUGGGCUAGCCUGUACCGUCGUGCAAGCUGUGUAUGCUGUUUUAUCUUACAACUAGGAAGGACGGUCAUGGCGAUGUUUGUAAUUUGGGUUGAACUCGGAAAGUUCAUUCUCUAAUGGCAUCAGAUAAAGUUGGCGCAAGAAGAAAUGAGGGCAAACAAGAGAUUGUUCAA